CAGGGUUGUGCCGCGGGGCUGGGCCGCGGCGGCGCGCGCGGACUGGCCACCCCAUACAGUCCCGCAGCAGCUCGCGGGUGCGUGGCCUCGGCGCCCGCGCGGAUGGCCGCAGGGGGCCUCAGCCUCCACGACGUCGUCGCGGUCCGGAGGAACUUCCUCUUAGAGACGAGGACGCGACGCCGUCGACGACGGCUACAUGAGGGCCAGGGUGGGGGACGCCGUGAGGGUGCUGCACAUCGGCCAGGGGGGUGGCGACGAGGAGGGCUGGCUGUACGUGAGCACGCCGAGGAGCAGGAGGGGCUGGCUGCCCAGCGCGUACGUCGAGCCUCACAGGGACGCCGUGGCCAAGCCGACGGCGACGCCCGGCGCGGCGCCCUCCACAGAGCGCCGCUCCCCCAGGACAGGCGUGCUGUGGACGGCGGUGGUCCAGCAGAGGGUCCCGUCCGAAGGCCCAGGAUACAUCGCGGUGCGCGAGGGCGACGUCGUGGAGGUGCUUCACACGGCGCCGGGGUGGAGGAUGGAUGGCUCUACGUGCGCCGCGGCCCGAGGGGCCAGGUGUGCGCAGAGGGGUGGCUGCCCCGGGGCGCCGCCGAGCCGCCGCGCGGGGAGCGCGGCGCAGCGGUGCCAGCCCAGCGAGAGUGCCCCGCCCUGGCGGCCGAGGCCCGGGGCAGUGACGAAGUGCCCUGCCGCGGUCGGCGGCAGGUCCGUGCCCCUGCUGCGGCCCACGGCUCUGGACGUCAGGGGGCAGGCAAGGAGGAAGCGCUUGGCGUCCAGGGGCCAGACUUAAGUCGG